AUUCUUCAGUCAGUACUCAGUACUCAGUACCUAGUCUUCCUCCUUCAGUCUCUUAAUAGUUAUUUACCUAAGACCACACAAAGUAGUUUUCUGAGCCAAGUUAAACAAGGGUUCUGUCUCAACUAGUACAUGGAGUCAUUAAAUACGUCACAUCAUCUCCACUCGUCUUUACUCCUACUCUACGCUAUAUAAAUCAUUGAUAGGAUUGGUUUACGUAGGAAUUGGAGAAAUAUUUCGGCUGGUUCAUCUUCCAAAACUUCAACGUUAGAGAUUGAUCUGGAUUGAUCUGGAUGGGGGCGAAGAGCAAGCGCGAGUUUUUCCUGACUAUUGCGGAUGUAAUCUGGUCCUCAGUGUUUGUAGCUCCGUUCAUUGUACUGUAUUGGAGAGGGGUUUGGGACCUUCUAGAUGAUUUGGUGUACCCAGCACACCAACCUGAGACAGGAUCAACUGAUUCUCCAACCAGAAAUCAACUCUCAGGACUGGUUUGCUACCUUGUGGGACUCAUAGUCAGAAUAAUCCUUGAUCUCGCCAAAUAUCACAUUGCAGAGUUUCUCGAUGAAAAACAUCCUGUCGUGAAAGCUCUGGGUGGUUGGAUAUACACAGGAAUAUUUGCAUUCGCUGGUGUUUCUUUCUGGCGGGGGAUAUGGUAUCUUAUGGAUCUAGAUGUAGGAGAGAAGAAGCUUCAGUUAUCCCUUGUACUUAUCGGCAGCCUUGUUUUGUUUUUGAUGAGUAAAGUCUCAAGAUCCUUAAUCUCUGCUCCUCUCUCUCUUUGUUUCGACAGUCACGAGAAUACCUUCCUCAACGCAAAUUACUUCCGACAAACUCCCGAGUCCAAGACUUGGUUCGUUGUCGAUGUUUUAUUCACGAAUAUAGUGAUCAGGCAGCUUAUUGUGUUCUGUUGGUGGUCGUUGUGGUCCUUGGAGAAUAUCUUCCUCAUCAACAACGUCAUCGGUGUAAAGGAUAAUGAGGUAUCUUGGGACUCCAUCAUCCUCGGGUACUUCACCACCAUCAUCGCCUUCGGUAUGGAUAAGAUGCUCUUGGCCUCCACGACAAGGAAGCAAUAUAUCACCAAACCCCUUCAGUAUCUUACCACGCUGAUCGCAUUCUUCGCCAGUGUAAACGUGUGGCGCGGCAUUUGGAGUCUCUACGAUAAUUAUCUGUUUCCCAGCGUGGAUAAGGAUUUGAACUACAUCGUGAGUGCCGUCUUAGGAUUCUUGGUUCUCUCCAUCACUCUUCUCUCUAACUCCGUGUGUAAUGAUCAGAUCGCUUCUGAUAUGGACGAAGGAGAGAUAGUUUGCAUUAAGUAUUGGAGACUCCUAAACAAACAAUCUCUAGAAAACGAAGAAUUAGUUCCUAUUCUAGAGUAAAACACAUAUUUCAGCGGUUUUUCCGAUUUUUAGAAAAUUUGCCAAAUUGUGAUAUUAUUUACAAUGUUAGAAAAUUUGAGAUAUUUUAUUUUACGGACUAAAUUACAUUUUUUAGAUUUCA